AUGGAUGCAUUUUCAUCCCUGGCCCCUCCGUGGAACGCAGCAGGGACUUUCCUGAGAUCGUAUUUCGAUAUGGCAGCCUCGGCAGGGAAAGCAGCCAGGGACUCUCUCCGGAGCCACGAACACUUUGCCCGAGCCUGCGUGAGUAUAUGCGUCUCGUACGCGUUGUUCGUGUUGAUGUUGCCUGCUAGGGCUCCGAUUACAGUGGACGGUAUCACGACAUCGCUGGGGAUACCACAAAUCCAGCAUUUGGUUCAGUGGGAGACCUUUCUGCGGGCACAUGCCGAGUCCGGUGGAGAUGUGUCCAUGUUAGAACAUCUUGCUGCUAUCAACAACAAUAGUCAUACAGAUUCUCCUACUCGGCAGAGCGAAGCUUGGCUGCAGGCUGUGCGCCACGCUUGCGGGAACAGCACCAAUGCAGAGACAGAGGUGCUGGCCAUGCACCGGGGCCUAGCUGAGCAAGACUCGGCGAGUGUAUCGGUACCGCUGGCAGCCGACGGUGCCGAUGGGCAAGGGCGAGCAUUCCAGCAAGUGUAUCAUUUCAAAUGUGGAGAUAUCAACCAUCUGCUUGAUCGGAGCGAUGAAAUCCGUCUAAGCGAUGCCAUUGUACACAACAUCAUGAUCUACGCGCCCCUCGACCGCAGAGCAAGUGGAGCUUUAUCGCUCAGUGCUCUCACGCAUUGGGUACCCCAGCUCGCCCUGGCGGCAGCUUUGGCCUUGACUAUGUUUGGCUGGCCAUGGGUCCCUGCGAAGCGAAGGGCACCGCCCUACGGACUAUCAACCAGAACAGCGCAUCCGUGUACAGUAGCGACUCGACCACAGCCAGCGCCGAGGGAGGUUGCAGCCAGAACCAGUGCCGGUCACGGUAAACGCCCCUCCGCAGCGGAGAUCCGCGCCAUGCCCGAGAGCCAGAUCAUCGAACUGGGCACGCGGAAUCAGAUACCGCUCUACAGCCUUGAAAGCGCGCUCCAGGACCCUCUCCGGGCCGUUAAGCUGCGGCGGCAGAUAGUCUCACAGCACGAAGCCACAGGCGACAUCAAUUUCUCGGUGGAUGGCUCGGCACUACCGUACGAAGGGUACGAUUAUCAAUCCGUCCUCGGAGCUUGCUGUGAGAAUGUGAUAGGGUAUAUGCCCAUUCCCCUGGGUGUGGCGGGUCCGAUCAAGGUCAACGGAAAGUCCGUGUUCUUGCCCAUGGCCACGACAGAGGGCGCGCUUGUUGCGAGCACGAACCGUGGCUGUAUGGCGAUCAAUGCAGGGGGCGGCGUGACUGCCCUACUACUGGGCGAUGGCAUGACCCGGGCACCUAUCGCACGCUUCUCCAGUCUUGAGGAAGCCGGUGCGGCGAAACGAUGGCUUGACUCUGACGCAGGCUUCCAAGUGAUCGAGGAUUGCUUCAAUGCGACCAGUCGCUUUGCCCGGCUGCAAAACAUCAAGACGACGGUCGUUGGCUCGGACUUGUAUAUCCGGUUCACGGCCAGCACGGGCGACGCAAUGGGCAUGAACAUGAUCUCAAAAGGAGUCGAGCAGGCCGUGGAGGCGAUGAGAAAGCACGGAUUCGAGUCUAUGGAGAUCGUCUCGCUCUCGGGGAAUUUCUGUGCGGAUAAGAAGCCUGCGGCCGUGAACUGGAUUGAGGGACGAGGUAAGACCGUCAGCGCGCAGGCGACCAUCCCGGGACAGGUGGUUCAAGAGACGCUCAAGACCGAUGUCGACACCCUCGUGGAACUCAACAUCUCCAAGAACCUUGUUGGCAGUGCCGUUGCGGGGGCUCUAGGAGGGUUCAAUGCCCAUGCUGCCAAUGUGGUGACUGCGAUUUACCUUGCCACUGGGCAGGAUCCCGCACAGAAUGUGCAGAGCAGCAGCACUCUGACCGUGAUGAAAAAUGUGGGUGGGGAUUUGCAAAUCUCUGUUUUCAUGCCUUCAAUCGAAGUCGGUACCGUUGGGGGAGGGACAGUCCUGAGCCCACAAAAGGCGAUGCUGGGGAUGAUGGGCGUCCAGGGAUCCGACCCAGAGCAACCAGGGAGAAACGCACAGGAACUGGCUCUGCUGGUGGCGUCUGGCGUGCUAGCUGGAGAGCUCAGUCUUUGCUCUGCUCUUGCAGCGGGUUCCUUGGUGAAGAGUCACCUGGCCCAUAACCGAAAGAAAGAAUGA